UCCACCGAGGGCUGCGAUGAACAGAGGAUUCCUUUGGCUGCAGCGGGCGAUGCAAGUCUGCAGUCCACCUUCGGCUCCUUUUCUGCAGAUGCCCUCACUGACAGUUUGGCGUCGAGCUAUCUUCACCGCGCGGCUGGCAAGGGUCGGCGGCAGGUCGUAGAGAUGCUCCUGGAGGCGGGCGCAGAGGUCAACGCCAAGGAUAGGUCGGAUUCGAGCCCCUUGCACUGGGCUGCUGGAGGAGGCCACGACGCGGUAGUGGAGCUGCUCCUCUCGAAGGGCGCGCGCGUGAACGCCGGAAAUCGCUUUGGACAGAGGGCUAUACACCACGCAGCCUACUCCGGGCACCUAACCACGCUGGAAGUCCUUCAGGAGGGAGGGGCUGAUAUGGACGUCAAGGAUCAUAACGGGGACACGCCUCUCCACCUCGCAGCAGCAGAAGGGCGCCUCCUCGCUUUGUUCACGCUGGUGAAACGUGGGGCUUCCACAAACAAGAGUAACAGGAGAGGAAAGACUCCGAAGGACAUGAUGAAGAGACCCUCUAAUAGAGACGACCAUAGCAUGCAACUUUUCCGGAAAGUCUCAAUGAGAGGUGUAAUGGAGAAGUGGACUGAAGCCGAAAAGGAAUUGAUUAAGCUGCAGAGACAAAAUAAGAAGUUGCAGAAUAGACUGGACAGAAAAACGAGAAAUAUUCGAGAACUGAACACAAGGUUAAGACAGAUGGAAGACCAGAUGGCUCGAGCCGAUCCACCCUUUUCUUUCCGAUAUAGGACAAAUGCAAAAGUGCCACGUGCAGCGCACUCGGCGGGUGUUGGUCGGUCCUCAGAUAAGUGUAUGGCUCAGCCGCACAGUUUUCCAGGGAGAAUGAAUCAGUCCCUGGGAGGAGCUGGCAGGGACGGGCCUUAUCGGGGAAAAGCAACACGCAGUGGCGAGAUCCUGGAAGCAGCAAGAUGGGACGAGUCUCUGCAAACAGCAAGCAGGAGGAGUCAUUCCUCACAAGCAGCUGGCAGGGACAGGCCUUCUUGGGGAGAAGCUACAAGAACUAGCUUGUCCCUGGAAACAGAAGGAUGGGGCGAGUUUCUGCAAGCAGCAGGUAGGAGAGGCGAGACAGCGGGCAGAAAGGGUAAGUCUCCCUUAGCUGCUGGCAGGGACAGGCGUUCUCGGAGAGAAGCAACAAGCAGUGACGAGUCUCUGCGAGCAUCAGGCAGGAAGGGCGAGUCUCUGCAAGCAGUUGGAGAAUCAACAAGCAGUGACGGGUCUCUGCAAGUAGCUAGUAAGGGAAGGCCUCGGGGAGAAGCAACAAGCAGUGACGAGUCUCUGGGACCAGCAAGCAGGGAGGGCAAGUUUCUGCAAGCAACAGCUAGGGGGUCUGAGUUUCUGCAAACAACAGGUAGGAGGGGUGAGUCUCUGCAAGUAGGUAGUAGGGACAGGCGUUCUCGGAGAGAAGCAACAAGCAGUGACGAGUGUCUGCAAGCAUCAGGGUGGAAUAAGACCCUGCGAUCAGCAGGCAGAAGGGGCGAAUCUUUGCAAGCAGCUGAAGAAGCAACUAGCAGUGACGAGUGUCUGCAAGCAUCAAGGUGGAAUAAGACUCUGCGAUCAGCAGGCAGGAGGGGCGAAUCUCUGCAAGCAGCUGGAGAAGCAACAAGCAGUGACGAGUCUCUGCAAGCAGCUGGAGAAGCAACAACCAGUGACGAGUCUCUGCAAGCAUCAGGGUGGAAUGAGUCUCUGCGAGCAACAGGCAGGAGGGGCGAUCCUAUACAAAGCAGUGACGAUUCCCUACAAGCAGCAGGAAGGUGGUGCAAGUCUCCACUGGCACCUACCAGAGGCAGGCUUCGGGGAGAAGUAACAGGUAGUACUGAGUCUCUACGAGCAGCAGGCAGGUGGGAUGAGUCUGUGCGAGCAACAAACAGGAGGAGGGAGUUUGUACAAGCAACAGGCAGGAGGGAUGACUCUGUGCAAGCAGCAGACAGGAGGAGGGAAUUUGUACAAGUAGCAGACAGGAGGGAUGAGUCUGUGCAAGCAGCAGGCAGGUGAGAUGAAUCUAUGCAAGCAGCAGGCAGGUGAGAUGAGUCUGUGCAAAUAGUAGGGAGGAGGCACGAGUCUGUGCAAGCAGCAGGAAGGAGGGACAAGUAUGUGCAAGCAACAGGAAGGAGGGAUGAGUCUGUGCAAGCAGCAGGCAGGUGAGAUGAAUCUAUGCAAGCAGCAGGCAGGUGAGAUGAGUCUGUGCAAAUAGUAGGGAGGAGGCACGAGUCUGUGCAAGCAGCAGGAAGGAGGGACGAGUAUGUGCAAGCAACAGGAAGGAGGGAUGAGUCUGUGCAAGCAGCAGGA